CAGAGUGUUUGCAGAUGUUGACAGAUACAAUAUCAACAGCGACAACCGGAGAACAGAACUUGACGUCAACUACAUACACGACACCAUCAACCAAUGAGCAAACAACACGUUCUGAAGCAUAUACGACAAGCACGACAACCGGGGGACCGGACAUGACGUCAACUGCAUACACGACACCGUCAACCAAUGAGCAAACAACACGUACCGAAGCAUCCGUGACAGGGGUUAGUCAAACAACUACAUCGUCAACAGUGACAACCAGGGGACCGGACAUGACGUCAACUGCCUACACCGCAACAUCAAUCAAUGAGCAAACAACACUUUCUGUGACAUCUUCGUCAUACGUUAGUCCAAAGACUACAAUAUUUACGACAACCGGGAGGCAGGACAUGACGUCAACCGCAUACACGACAACGUCAACCAAUGAGCAAACAACACGUUCUGAAGCAUAUACGACAAGCGCUAUGUGUCCUUGUCAAUGUGAAUACUUUGACAAGAUCGAGUACUGGGCCCAGGAAAAUAACCAGCUAAAACAGUUUGAAGAACUGAGUCAGAAACUGGCUGAAAUCAAAAGUAUCCUGAAAAUGGAAACCAAAAACCUAAGCUCCUUUGUUAAUAAGAAGAUAAGCGCUGCCGAUGAUCGUCCGUCUGCGGUUGCCACCGGGUACUUGGGGGCUGGCAUCAUAAUCAUUGUGGUGGCUGGCAUAGUCUUGCUUGAUCUUCCAGUGAUUAUUCAGCAAGCUAGGUUCUUAUUCAGGGACAUUAAACGAAUGUGCGUUCGCGCACAAUAACUAAAUUUCUUAAGCAUAAUGUUGUUUAAAAGCCAUCAUUUUUGUAUAAAAUUAUGUCUUCUAUAUGGUAAUGAAUAAUUGGUUGCAGUCCCCUUUCUUUUAGUGCGUUCAAAAACUUCAAAAACUUAGAGGCAAAAGCUAAUUGGAUAUUUUUCUUUUGGUAAAAUUGUAUUAGUUUUCUUUGAUAUAGAACAUAAAUGUGUCGACAUAAAAUACCUGCCAUCUCAUUCUAUCAAUGGUACACAUUGAUCGAACUGUGCGAGUGUAGUUUAAGGAUAGUCAUUAGAAACGAGUUUGACUUUACAAGUUUUAAACGCAAUGUUUAAUUCAUAGAGCUGGAUGGACAAAGAAAUUUUCAAACUCCUUUAUAAAAACAGAUAUGUAUAAAAAUACAGGAAAGAAUUAUUUAAAUUACUCUUAACUGAAUUUUAUUCUUUACGAAAUAACAGUGUUGCUAAAAAAUUUUGUCAAGGUUAUCUACUAUUAUUGACUGUCAAAGUUGAGUACCAGAGGAAUCCUCAAUUAUAUCAAUAAUCGUAAAAAUUAUUUUCGACCAUUUUAACAUUUUUGAUUGCCAUUACUGAACGUUGUCAUUAACCAAUGUAUUUUUCAUCAGCUUAUCAAUUCACAUAGAUUGCACGAUAGAUUUUUUUAAUAACUAGUGCCUCUAACAAGAUUCAAACAGAAUUGUUUAAUAUAUUUAUAUAUACGAUGGUACUCCCAUACCAUUACGUGUAUCCGUUGAUCUUUGUACUUUUAUGUUCAAUAUUGAUUUAUUGACACACUGUUUAAAUUUUCACGGUAAAAUAAUAGUGAGUCGUUAUAACUGGCAUCCGGACCGUUUGUAUAUCAAUUUGUUUGUAUGUUUGCUUGUAUGUGAUUUGCUUAUUAGGGUAGGCCUGUCUUUCAAUCCCUCCCUACUUGCAAUUGGCAAUCCUUCUUUAUUUGUACAUGCCUGAUGUUGAAUGCGUGCGCUGUGCUUAAAAAAAUCAAAAUUAUUUGAAUAGGCAUACAGACAUUACAGUAAAAUGCGCAUUACCCUUGUUUUUAAAUGUAUGAGAAUACAAAGUGUUUUUUUACUAUUUAUCGAUAACCGGUCGCAAGUAGACCAUAUUUGGAUGACGCAUACAGAGUUAAAGUAAUAUUCAAUUAUAUGGCCCUUCUUCUUUUAACUGCUAGAAAUUUCAUAAUGUGAAAAUUGUAAUUUAUUUUGGUGAUCAGCUUUUGCCGAUCACAGUUUUGUCUGAUCAGUUUUGUCCGGAUGAGGCAUCCGGCAAACUUCACUAUUUGCGCACAUAUUAUGCUUUUCAUGCUUUGCUAACUUUGAUGUGACAGCUUGUUAAUGUAAAUAAUUAAUUAUAGUAUCAUUAAUAACUAAGGAAAAAUAUUCAAAUGUAUUUGACUUGAGAUUUGAAAAUUUAUACAAAAUGAUUAAAGCAUGUUUUGUGUUUCUUUAAAUGGGUAAUACUUUUGUUUGCAAGUACACCUUGUCUACUUAAUGAAAGAUACUUCGUUCCUUGCCAUUUCGGAAAGCAACAAAACCGCGCGAUUUAUCCUAUCUAAUGCUUCAUGAACUUUUGGGGGAAAAACCAGUUUAUGCUGACAACUGAUUUCACAUGCCGAUCAUUUUUUUUAAAGGGAAUGAUUGGAUGUUAAGGGAAAGUGUAGACGUUUGUCAAAAUUCACCAAAUAUUGAAUGUGAAUCGAGUUUCAAACGAAAUUCAAAGUUUACAAUUCAUAUACUGCAGAUCGGCAUUACCAGAAUAAUGAAAAAGUAAGAUUUGCAGCAAUUUUGUACCGAUGUCUUUAAAGAGGCAUGGUCAAGAUUUUGGUAAUAUUUUGUAUUUUUUUGCUUACAAUGCUUUAGAAAUGCAAUUCCAAUGAUCAACAAAAAUUUGAGAA